GAAGAAAGGAAGGAAGGAAGGAAGAAAGCAAGUAAGCAAGGAAAGGAAAGGAAGAAAGAAACACAGAAAGACAGGGCGAGCAUAGACAAAAACACACGCUUUGACAGCCUCGGCAGAUAGUUAGUUCUUUCAUAGGUUCCUUAAUGUUGUGCUCCGCCGGUGUGGCUCAGCCCAAUCACGUCUCUUACUUCGCUUGGCGCUCGCGCCGCGUUCUACUACUACCCCUAUUUUGCCCUCAAGGCCGUGACCUUGAUCAAGUGCUUAUUCAGACCUUACCUCUCCGACACAUGAUGCUUUCUACGCGACACAUGGAGUUUCUGGAAGACUUAUGGAGGUCCAUUGGCCUCGAGGUCGUGAUUUUCGUUGUGACCCUUUGCUGUGCCUUCCUGGUGCGUGGCUUUUCCCCCAAAGCAGGCCCAGGCCGCAAGGUCAUCUCGCCACAAAACAAGGCAGUUGAUUUGCCACGAGCUCCAGUGUCCAGGCGAAGAGAUGAGAAGAACUCACCGCCAGGAGCAGGUUUGCAGCCUGCCGAUGUUUUGCGUGAGGUAAUGCAAUGCCUUCAAGAACAUGGGGGUCCUGCUAGACCUGCAAGGAUUCUUGGCUUGUACGCAGAGCUGAGACAUUUGUUGCAAAAAUCGGGUAAGACCUUGCAAGAAGUGGCCAGAGGGCACACGGCAAUCGAACUCUACACUGGAUUAGCACAACUGGUGAUUCGGACUGGGAAGCACCAGAGUCUGGAUUCCAUCAUUGAUGACAUGGUUGAGAACCAGGUUCCUCGCUCCCUGGCCUUCUAUGAAAGUGUCAUGAAGCAGCUGGCAGUCCAAAAACAAUUCCGUCUGGCGCUUCGUGUCUAUGAUAGGCUGGUGGAGGAUGGCCUAGAAACCACCGCAAUUACAUACAGUUGCCUCAUCCGUUUUGCAGCUGAGGUUGGGGACUUCACCAGGGCAAAGGAUUUCUUUGAGAAAUUGAGCUCUCUGGCAACACCCUCGAUUCGUGCUUAUAUGACCAUCCUUGGGGUGCACAACAAGCGACAAGACUGGCCCAGUGCCCUGGCAGUUAUUCAAGACAUAAAAGUUCGAGGUGUUGCUAUGGACAGCCUCGCGCUGAACGUGGCUUUGUCCACAGGGGUUGCAGCUGACAAGGUCGAGGAAGUGCUAGCACUCUUAGCCGAGGCUGAGCAAACAGAGCAUUGUAUGCCUGAUGUUGUCUCGUACAACACCAUAAUCAAGGCUUUCGCCCAGCGAGCAAAUUAUUCUGGCGCUUGUGAGGUAUUGGAGCGGAUGCAUGCCAAAAAGAGACGUCCCAAUGCCAUCACAUUCAACACGGUGAUGGAUGCUGCAGUACGUGCCGGCAAGCCAGAAGAAGCUUGGACACGCCUGCAGGAGAUGCGCAAACGUGGCUUCAAACCCGACAAGUUUACUUGCUCAAUUUUGGUGAAGGCCUUUUGCAAAGCUAGCAGCUCCGUCACAGAGGCGUCUGUGGAUCGAGCUCUUUGCUUGUUGGAUGAGGCCAACGAGUGUCUUGACCCAACGCUGAAAGCGACUCUGUACAACAACGUCCUCGAAGUUACCAGGAAGGCCACAGAAGGGUCCGACUUGAUGAUGCUUUAGGACUUGAACAAGAAUGAAGAAGAUCAGCUUCUUGGCACUGCCUUGCCUAGCACACUGCUAAGAGUCUUCUGCCGCUUUGCAGGCUGAGUUAAAUUCUUCCAUACUGAGCAUCAUGCAGCAGAUGCGCGUCCGGGCAGUUGUGCGUUAAGCCUGCCUCCCCGAAAGAACUGGCAGGCUGUGGCGAUGCUUGGACUCUGAAUUGCCCACUCUGUUCUUCUGGG